AUGUUUGGACAGACAUCUCAGCCACUUAUUCUUAAUAACUUUGAAGAUUCAGACCUUCUCUUCAUCAUUAUUAGAAUUGCUUGCUUCAUCGUUCUCGUUGCGACAUAUCCAAUUGUAGGUUUGACCUUACUCACCAAUUGGUCAACACUUAUCUACAAGACUGAAGAGCACUUAGAGCUUCCUUGGACAAAGCGAGGUGUUCUUUAUAUCCUUGAGAACGGUUUGCCCCUUUUGCUUGGCAUUUUCUUGCCAAAUGUCAGACCAGCUUUAUCUAUUGGUGGAGCGUUUGGAGGAGGAAUCACAAAUUUCUUCCUUCCACCACUCAUGUACAUAUUUGUCUACCAAAAGACAAAGAAAGACGUGAUGUUCUGGGUUAUGGCAUUCUUCUCCGGACUCGGACUCGUUUUUGCAGGAAUUUCUACAUACGAGUCUGUUAUUGAUGCUAUCAAUGCAUUCAAGAGUCAGUCAAUAUAA